AUGCUAAACUCAAUCGAUAAAACAACCAAACGUGAUCAUAUUCCACCGAUUAAAAAUAAUUUAUCAGAACAAAUAAAAAUUUUUCAAGAUUCUAUUAAAAACGAUCAAACAAAAAUGAAUAAAUCGAAUAUAUUAUCAACAUCCGAAGAUCAUAAACCUCUUCCACAAAAUAUGUCAACAAAAACUAAUGAUACAUCUCAUUCAAUAAUUACAACAACAACAACAACUACUACUACAACUACUACUACUACAAAAGCCAUUAAUCCAAUUAAUAGUCAUAGUUUAGCUGAAUGUAUAUGUCCACUUUGUAAUGAAAUCUAUCAAAUGACUUGUCAUCGACCAAUAAGUGAAAUGUCAUGUGGUCAUAUUAUAUGUUAUCAAUGUUUUGUUCUUAAUACAAAUCAAUUCGGAUGUAUACAAUGUAAAAAAUCUUCAGAAAAAAAUAAUGAUAAUAUUAAAUUAUCAUCAAUUACAAAUAUUCCAUCGAAUAAUAAAAAUACGAUUCAGCAAGGAGUUCAUGAAAAAUUUGAAAAUCAUUCAUUAAAUUUUGAACAUCAAAUUUUAAAUGUUUUUCAUCAUGUUUUUGGACUUUCAGAAUUUCGACAUAAUCAAUGGGAAGCAAUUAAUGCUGCUCUUCAACAUCAUGAUUGUUUUAUACUUAUGCCAACAGGUGGUGGUAAAUCUUUAUGUUAUCAAUUACCAGCUGUUCUUGAUACUGGUGUUACAUUUGUUAUUGCACCAUUACGUUCACUUAUAUUUGAUCAAAAACAACGAUUAAAUUCAUUAAAUAUAUCAUGUACAGCUUUAACUGGAAAUAUAUCACAAGAAGAAGCUGAUGAAAUCUAUCGUGAAUUAUAUAAAAAUUUACCUGCAUAUAAAAUUGUUUUUAUUACACCGGAAAAAAUUUCUAUGAGUGAUCAAUUGAAUACUGUUCUUCGAGAUUUAUAUAAUCGUCAACUUUUAGCACGAUUUGUUAUUGAUGAAUGUCAUUGUGUUUCGGAAUGGGGUCAUGAUUUUCGUCGUGAUUAUUCCCAACUUGGUCAAUUACGACUUAAUUAUCCGAAAAUAAAUAUAACAUUAUUAACAGCAACAGCAACAUUACGUGUACAACAAGAUAUUCUUCAACAACUUCAUAUAACUAAAAAUUAUAAAUUAUUUACUCAAUCAUUUAAUCGAUCAAAUCUUAUUUAUGAAUGUAUAUCAAAAGAAUCCAAUGAUCUUGCACUUAGUCAAAUAGCAAAUUUAAUUAAAAUAAAUUAUCAAAAUCAAUGUGGUAUUAUUUAUUGUUUUUCACGUGCUGAAUGUGAUCGAGCAGCUCAAUAUUUAUUAGCUCAUAAUAUUCAUGCACUUUCUUAUCAUGCUGGUUUAAAUGAUUCAUUACGACAAACAAUACAUAUGAGAUGGAUUAAUGAUGAAUGUCAAGUUAUUUGUGCAACAGUAGCAUUUGGUAUGGGUAUUGAUAAAAAUAAUGUUCGUUUUGUUAUUCAUUUUUCUAUGCCACAAUCAAUUGAGGGUUAUUAUCAAGAAUCAGGUCGAGCUGGACGUGAUGGUGAAAUUGCUAAUUGUCAUCUUUUUUAUUGUUAUGAAGAUUUUCUUAAAAUGAAACGACUUAUAUUAUAUGAUGAUGAAUCGAAAUCUUCAAUGCAAACAAAACAAAUUCGUAUUAAUAAUAUAAAUCGUGUUUAUGAUUAUUGUAUUAAUAAUGUCAUUUGUCGACGAACACAACUCUUAGAAUAUUUUGGUGAAUUAUUUCCAUCAUCUGAAUGUAAACGUAUAAUGUCAACUGAAUGUGAUAAUUGUCGACAAGUCUAUAAAACAUCAUCUAUUGAUUGUACACGAAUAUCGAUUGAAAUUUUAAAAUUAGUUUCCGAUUUAAAUCAAACAAAUUCAACAUUAUCUUAUAUUAUUGAUAUAUUACGUGGAAUUAAUAAUAAAACAAUUCGAGAUGCUGGUCAUCAUCGUUUACGUGCAUUUAAUUCAUGUCAUCAAUUAACUCGACUUGAUCUCGAACGACUUAUUUCUCGUCUUAUUAUUGAUGGUUAUCUUAAACAAGAAUUUAUUGAUCAACAACCAUCUUCGAUCAUAGCUUAUUUACGUCCAGGUGUUAAUGCUAUUCAGUUAACUUCUUCAAAUUCACAACGAUCUGGAAAUACAACAAAAAUUCAUAUUGAAUUAACAAUUCGAAUUGAACAAAUGAAUAAUAAUAAUAAUAAUAAUAAUACAGAUGAAGAAAAAUCAAAUUCAAUACAAAAAUCAAUUGAACAAAUUAAUGAACAAUGUUUUAUUGAAUUAAAAAAAGAAUUAAAAAUUAUUUUUGGUACUUCUUCUUAUUCAAAUGUCAUUUCAGAACAAACAAUUAAAAAUUUAGUUAAAUUAAUGCCUCGAUCAAAAGAGAAAAUGAUUAAAAAUAUACAUGAAAUAACAGAAGAAUUAUAUAAACAACAUGAUUUUAAUCGUUUAUUACGUAUUUUACAACGUUUUGGAAGUCAACGUGAUGAAAUUAAACGAAAAGAUUCAAUACAAAAUUCAUCCGAUAGUGAACAUGAAAUAGAUUUUUCUCUAGAUUUUACUGAUCGAUCAACAUGUGACAAAAAACGACCAAUGGCAUCUGUUAUAACAACAACAAUUACAAAACGUAAACGAGGACAUGGUAGUAGUUUUUAA